CAGCCGGGAAAGGUUUUUUGACGACAUGUGUCGCCCUUCUUCUGUCGCAGACGCCGACGUGGUCCAGUGCGACGCCUCCGAGUUCAAGUGCAAGUACCCCGUGUGCGUGCUCAAGGAGUACCAAUGUGACGGCGACAACGACUGCGGCGACUGGAGCGACGAGGAGGACUGCCCGCGCCGCACCGCCUGCGUACACGGUGACUUCCAGUGCCGCUCGGGAACGUGCCUGCCGGGUCGCCAGCGCUGCAACGGUGAGCGCGACUGCGAGGACGGCGAGGACGAGGCGGACUGCGGGCCCGAGCUGCCGGCCACCUGCCCGCCGGGUCAGCACGCCUGCUCGAGCGGAUACUGCAUCGAGGCGGCCUGGGUGUGCGACGGCACGGAGGACUGCCCCGGCGGCGAGGACGAGGUGCAGUGCGAGCCUCCCGCCUGCAACAACCAGACGCACUACGCGUGCAGCGACGAGCCCGUCGCGGCCGCGUCCACGCCGCCGCCCUCCGCGGGCGUGGUCUACCCACACCCGCUCGACAUGGCGGCCGCGGCCUCGGGCUUCAGCUGCAUCCCCAAGAAGCACGUCUGCGACGGCAAGAAGGACUGCGGCGCCGGCGACGACGAGCGCGACUGCCCCGUGCCGCGCAACUGCUCGGCCGGCUCGGGCUGCGCGCAGCUGUGCAUGGAGGCGGCGGGCGCGCGCGAGGUGUGCAGCUGCCGCCCGGGCUACCGGCUGGCCGCCGACGGCCGCGGCUGCGAGGACGUGGACGAGUGCGCCGACGACGAGGACCCGCCGUGCCAGCAGGGCUGCACCAACACCAACGGCUCGUUCCUCUGCAGCUGCCGCCCGGACUACGUGAUGCGGCCCGACCGCCGCAGCUGCAAGAGCGUCGAGGCGCCCGCCACGCUGCUGCUCACCAACCGCGUGGACAUCCGGCAGGUGAACCUCAACAACCGGCGCACCCACACCGUGCUGCGCGGCCUGCACAACGCGGUGGCGCUCGACUUCCACUGGCGCACGGGCGAGGUCUACUGGUCCGACUACUCGAUGCACGUCAUCCGGAAGGCGGCGCUCAACGGCAGCGUGGAGCAGGACGUGGUGCGCUGGGGGCUGCAGACCCCCGCCGGGCUGGCCGUCGACUGGGUGCACGGCCUGCUCUUCUGGACCGACUACGAGCUGCGGCGCGUGGACGUGGCCAACCUAGACGGCUCCAUGCCCACCACCAUCGCGCACACGGACCUCGAGAAGCCGAGGGACGUCGCCGUGCACCCGGGCAGGGCCUUCGUCUUCUGGACGGACUGGGGUCCCCGUCCCAAGAUUGAGCGCGUCGAGAUGAACGGCCAGAACCGGCGCGCCAUCAUCACCCAGGGCAUCAAGUGGCCCAACGGGCUGGCGCUGGACUACGACAACGACCGCAUCUUCUGGACGGACGCCAUGUACCACGUGAUCGAGAGCUCGGACCUGGACGGGCGCGCGCGUUCGGUGGUGCUGGCCAAGGGGCUGCCGCACCCGUUCGCGCUCACGCUCUUCGAGGACACGGUCUACUGGACGGACUGGCACACGCGCAGCGUGAUGGGCGCGAACAAGGUGACCGGGCGCCGCGUGCACGUCGUGCUGGACCGCCUCCACCUGCCGAUGCAGGUGCACAGCUGCCACCCCAAGCGGCAGCUGACCUACACCGACCGCUGCCCCCGCGGCAACGACUCGUGCUCGCACCUCUGCCUGCCCAGCGCCACCUCCUUCACCUGCGUCUGCCCGGUGGGCGUCCGCCUGCAGUCCAACCGCCGCUCCUGCGAGGCGAGCCCCGAGAGCAUGCUCGUGUACGUGCGCAAGAAGGAGAUCCACCUGCGGGAGAUGUCCGGGUCGGCGGCGGAGACGGGUGCGCUGGCCGCGCUGGGGCUGGGCUCCUCGGCCCGGGACGUGGUGCUGGCCGUGGACGGGGUGCGGCACGCGCAGGCCGUCGCCUGGGACUCGGCCUCCGACUCCAUCUUCUGGAGCGACUUCAAGGCGACCACCAUCUCCAGGGCGAGGCGCGACGGCAGCCAGCAGCGCGUCGUCGUCGGGAGCGACCUGGAGGACCCCGUCGGCCUGGCCGUGGACUGGGUGCGCCGGCGGCUGUACUUCUCCGACUACAAGAGCCAGCGCAUCGAGACGACGGACCUGGAGGGCGAGGAGCGGGUGGUGCUGCUGUGGGACCUGUCCGGGCCGCGCCACCUGGCGCUGUUCCCGCCGGGCGGCGUCAUGUUCUGGUCCAGCUGGGGCGGGCCCAAGCCGCUCAUCGAGUCCGCCGGCAUGGACGGGCGCCGGCGCCGCGCCUUCAUCUCGGACCGGCUCAUCUCGCCCGGCGCGCUGGCCAUCGACCACGACCGCAAGCGGCUGUACUGGACCGACCCGGGUCUGGGCGUCAUCGACAGCAUCAACGUCGACGGCACGGACCGGCGCCUCGUCAUGGACAAAAUGGCGCACCCCCUGGGCCUGGACGUGUUCGGCAACCGCCUCUACUGGACCGACUCCAAGAACAACGACCUGUACGUGCUCAAGGACGGCAAGCACAACCACACGGUGCGGGCGGGCGUGUCGGGCCUGCUGGGCGUCACCGUGUUCCACCAGCGUCGGCAGCCCGUCCGCACCGGCUGCGACCAGGACAACUACGGCUGCUCGCACGUGUGCCUGCUGUCCAACGGGCACGACCUGGCGGGGUGCGCGUGCCCGGUGGGCUGGCGCAUGCGCGCGGGCCCGGACGAGGACGGCCGCACCUGCGAGCAGCAGCCGGGGCCGUACCUGCUGCUGGCGCGCCGCUGGGACGUGCGCCGCGUGCCGCUCGGACUGCCCUACGUCAUGGACGUGCCCCUGCCCACGCCCGGCCUGCAGCUGCAGAACACGGUGGCCGUGGACGCGGACCGGGCCACGGGCGACGUCUACUGGAGCGACACCAUCAUCUCGGCCAUCAUGCGCGCGACGCGCACGGGGGAGAACGCGACGGUCGUCAUCUCGAGCGGGCUGGAUACGCCGUACGGCCUGGCCGUCGACUCGGUGGGCAGGAAGGUGUACUGGACCGACUCCGGGCGGCGCAUCAUCGAGGUGGCCGAGCUGGACGGAGCGCGGCGCCGCGUGCUCGUGUGGGACAAGCUGCACAACCCGUGCGCGCUCACGCUGCACUACCCGUCCGGCCUCAUGUUCUGGUCCGACUGGGAGGAGCACUCCGGCCGCAUCGAGCGCGCCAACAUGGACGGCAGCGCCCGCGUGGUGAUCUUGUCUGACGAGGUGGGCUGGCCGGGCGGGCUGGCCGUGCACGACGACCGGCUGUACUGGUCCGACGUGGCCCUGCACACGGUGGAGAGCGCGCGCCUGGACGGCUCGGAGCGCGCGCUCGUCCUGCACCGCCUGCGCGAGGACCCCGCCGGCGUGGCCAUCCUCGGCGGCCAGGUGUACUGGGGCUACCGCGGCGUGACGGGCGCGCUGCACCGGGCGCCGCUGCCCAAGAACCCGCCCGUCAACGCCUCCGAGGACUCCGUCAUCCGACCCGGCCUCCCCUACCUGCUCGACAUCAAGGCCAUCGAUACGUCGCCGCUGCCGGAGAACGCGUGCCUGGGCGCGAGCUGCUCGGACCUGUGCCUGCGCGUGCCGGGCGGGCGUGCGUGCGCGUGCCCCACGGGCGUGCCCAUGGGCCGCGACGGCCGCACCUGCUCCACCAACGUGACCGAGAUGCUGCUGUUCGCCACCCCGGACGGGCUGGCGCGCAUCGCCACCAGCUCGCUGCAGCGCUUCCACGACGUGCUGCUGCCCGUGCCGGACGUGCGCAAGGUCGUGGCCGUCGACUUCCACUGGGAGCACAAGCUGGUCGUGUUCGCCGACAUGAGCCUGCAGGAGAUACGGUCGGUGAGCAUGCGAAACUGGUCCGAGGUGACGACCCUGGUGCGGCUGGAGGGCGGCGAGCCGACGGGCGUCGCUGUGGACUGGCUGGCCGACAACCUCUUCUGGACGGACGCCGGGAGGAGGGUGGUGGGCGUGGCGCGGCUGGACGGCCGCAACCAGAAGAUCCUCGUCUCCAAGGAGCUCUCCUCGCCGCGCGCCGUCGUCGUGCACCCAAAGAAGGGGCUCAUGUUCUGGACGGACUGGGGGCCGAACGGCACCUCGGACGGCACCAAGAUCGAGCGCGCCCAGCUGGACGGGUCGGAGCGGCGCGCCAUCGUGAGCACGGACCUGGACAAGCCCAACGGUCUGGCGCUCGACGUGCAGGGCAGCCGCCUCUACUGGGCCAACUACGGGCGCGCGCGCAUCGAGUCGUGCGAGAUCACGGGCAACGACCGCAUCCAGCUUGUGGCGCAGGCGCAGAACGUGUUCGGGCUCACCACGGUGGGCGACCACAUCUUCUGGACCGACUUCAGCAAGCGCACGCUGGAGCGCGCGUCCAAGCGAACGGGCCGGGACCGCAUGACGGUGGAGACGAUGGUGGACCAGGUGGAGGACCUCAAGGCCGUGUCCUCGGCCCGCCAGCGCCGCGCCGGCACCCCGCCCUGCGGCGACGACAACGGUGGCUGCUCGCACCUGUGCCUCGCCCGCGAGGUGGACAUCGUGUGCGCGUGCCCCGACCAACCCCACGGCCCCUGCAAGCGCGCCGUGAACCGACGCGCGCCCAACCCGUCCGAGGAGGGCGAGUACGACGAAAUCGAGGAGGGGCUGACCGACGUCUCGCACAUCGCGCCGGACCUGCGCAACGCCACCACCAAAACAGCCCCG